GUUAGUAUUGUUUGACAGAAGAUGGCUCGUCUAUUUCUGAGUCUGUGUUUACUAUUGCUAACAUUAAAGCAAUGUUCAUCAUUUGUGUGAAAUACGCUCUGGAGAGGGUGGAUAGUGUAGCAAGCAGACUUAAAGUGAUUCACAAGUUGCGACGUGCCGAUCUCGCGGAAAUAUGCAGCAAGAUGUAUGCAUUAGACAACAAAAUGAACAUGUUAAAUAUGAAAAAGGAUGACUGUAACAGUGAGAGAAAGGUGGAAGUAGUAAAUGGAAUAAAGAGCAAAGGAAUUGCUGAUUAUCUUCUAAAAGGGGCGGCCGCGGAAAAAUUUGAAAACAUUAAAACAAGAGAGAUACUGACCAAUAUGGUGAAAUCUGUUGCAGAUAAUAAUACAAACAAUAUAAUACAGUUACAAAACGUAAUAUAUGAAUUAGAAAACAAAAUGACAACGUUGGUAAAUAGAAAGUUGUUGCACAGAACAGUGGAGAACAUGAAGAAACAAUGGGCAAGAGAAAUAGAGAAACAAUGGGCAAGUAUGAUAGAAUCACUCAAGUCUGAGUUAGAAAUAAGGAAAGAACAAGAACAAGCAUUAAUGAAUCAAAUUGACUCAUUAACAAUUCAACUAAGUGAGCAUAGCAACGGUCUUAGGUAUCAGGAAAUGGAGAAACAAGUGGAAACAUGCUCUAACCCCGCGCAAUUAAAUCAGCAAAAAAGUGGUGUUUAUAUUCUACAGAAUGGUCUACGUGUUCAUUGUGAUCAGGUUACUGACGGCGGAGGAUGGACGGUAUUCCAGCGUCGUAAAGACGGGUCUGUGGAAUUUGAACGUAAAUGGGCAGACUACAAAGCAGGUUUUGGGAAUUUGGAAGGCGAAUUCUGGCUUGGAAACGACAACAUACAUUUGCUAACAGCAACUGGGAAUCAUGAGUUACGAAUCGAUAUGGAAGACUUUGAGGGAAACAAGGCAUAUGCAAAAUACAGUAGUUUCAGAAUAAAGUCGCAGUCGGACAACUAUGCCAUUGAAGUAAGCGGUUACAGCGGUGAUGCGGGAGACUCUCUCAAGGUUCAUAAUGGGAGGGAAUACUCUACGACAGACAGGGAUAAUGAUGGAUAUUCCACAAGCUGUGCUAAGAAAUAUAGAGGUGCGUGGUGGUAUUCAGGAUGUCAUCAUUCAAAUCUAAAUGGAAUUUAUUAUAAUCGUGCUAACUGCCCUCGUCGAAAGGGCAUUAUCUGGUAUCACUGGAAAAGAACAUAUUAUUACUCCCUGAAAGACGUGGAAAUGAAGCUUCGGGAAAAAGUUUGAUACUUCAUUAUAAAUGCGAAAUAUCUACACUCGGAUAUGAUAUUUUUCCUCAUUUGAGUGUAAAAUGGCAAAAAUAGAUGCAUUUCAUUUUAUAUCAGAAUUGCUAUAACAGGUGAUAUAUUCAUUAGUUCCUUAUAUCAAAUAUAUGACUAUUCGUAUGUUUUACAUGCUUUAGCUGGUCUCAGACUGACAAACAUUGUGAAUACCACAUAAUUUGAACAUUCGAAAUGUUGACCUCGUUUGAAGCAUAGU